UGCUUGUAUACCCUGUUUUUUACUUUUUAUGAUGAAGACGAUGAUGAUGGUAUUAUCCUUCAAUAGAUAUAUAAUUUUAUUCAUUCUUAUACAUUAUACUUAUACAAAACCACAUUUAGAAACAGUGAGUCGACGUGAUACAGAACAUUUUAUUGAUGAUCCAGAUCGUCAUGAUAUUGAAUUUGAUCAUAAUGCAUUUUUAGGUGAAGAGACUGCUAAAGAAUUUCUACAAUUAACACCAAAUGAAAGUGAAGAAAAAUUAAAAAUUAUUAUUAGAAAAAUUGAUAAAGAUAAUGAUGAAAAAAUUACGGAAUAUGAAUUAAAAUCUUGGAUUGAAUAUGUAGCUAGUAAAUCGAAACAAAAUAGUACAGAUCGUCAAUGGAAUGAUAUAAAUCCAACUAAUCAAUCUUCAAUUAAAUGGACAGAAUAUCUAAUAAAAACAUAUGGACCAGAAGAAGAACGAUUAAAAGAUACAGCUACAUCUGAAUCAUAUAAAAAAGCUGUACAGCAUGAUCGACGACGAUGGGUUGCUGCUGAUUUAGAUAAAGAUGACAGUUUAAAUAAAACGGAAUUUACUGAUUUCGUACAUCCGGAAGACAGGCCAAAUAUGAGAGAUGCUGUUAUCGAUGAAUUAUUGGAAUAUGUGGAUAAGGAUAAUGAUGGAUAUGUAUCUGAAAAAGAAUAUUUAGUUGAUUUAGCUCGUGCUUAUCAAAGUACACCAUUUGACGAAAAUGAACCUGAAGCAGAAUGGGUUGAACGUGAAAGAAGUCAAUUUCGUCGAUUCAGAGAUACAAAUCAAGAUGGUAGAAUGGAUAGAGCAGAAGUUGGUGAAUGGAUAAUGCCAUCAAAUUAUGAUCCAAUAGAUGCAGAAACAAAACAUUUAUUUUAUCAUGCUGAUACUAAUAAGGAUGGAUUAUUAACAGAAGCAGAAAUUAUCGCUAAACGAGAUACUUUUGUCAGUAGCCAGGCCACAAAUUACGGAAAUGCGCUAAAACAACAUGAAGAGCUUUAAUAAUAAUGAAAAAAUAUGUUAAAACGAAACAUUAAAUUUGAUGAAAGUGCUUUAUUUCAUUUGUAACUGGUUGGGGUUUUUUUUUAUUCGCUUGAUCCUGUUGGUAGUAUGAAUAAAACAAUAAUCUUGUUCAUCAUUCA